AUACAACAGUUCCGAAACGGAAAGGUAGUGUAUCAAACAUGGAACUCAAAGCGCUACAGGCGCUUUCAGCGGCUGAUAAAAUAGCUAAUGCGAUAACAAACAAACCAUCCUCAGUUCUUCGGCAUUUCUUAGGCAAUUUAGAAGAGGAAAUGAUAGUUGUAAAGGAUGAAGAUCUGAUGCGGGAGAUGAAGUGGAAGAUAUAUGACAUCGUUAAACAAUUCCAAAUCAAACAAUGUAAUGUAACCGUACCACCGUCAAGAUCUUCAACUCCAUCAAGAUUUACCAAUUAUUCCAGAGUAAGGUUGUUGUCUGAAGUCACCGAUGAAGAAAAUUCCAAUUCUACAAGUUCAUCAAACAGAAACAUAAUUGAAAGUUCAAUGGAAGAUGUUUUUGAUGACGAAGAUUUUUUAUAAAUAAUUAAUAGUCUUUUUUGUGUUUCGUUUUUUUGUUUUGUUAAUUUUUAUUUUUGUUUAGUUUUAAAAAACUGUGGUAGGUAUUGUUCAUUGCUCAUAUUUUGUU